UUGCUAUUGGAACCAACUGGCAUUUACCUGUCAAAAUAACAAAUAAACAAUACCAAAUCAUGAAACCUGUUGCCUAUUGCAAGCCUAAUGAAGCGAAUGCCAAAAGAGCCCAAGCUACAUUACGUCCCACAUGCCGCGUAGACAAUUAUGGACUGGCCAGAAAGAACACGCUCUUAGCCAUAACCGAGCGCAUCAACAGGCAAUGCUAUGAUCUGUACAAGGUGGAUAGAACCGAAUGGCUUGUUAACGAGAACGAAGCGAUUGGGGUGCAAGAGAAGCAUAAACAAGAACUGGGCAUAAUAACGCAAGAGUUCUUCAAGCCCAGCUUUAAGGGAGCACCAGAGCCCCUACUCGAUGGUCCAGUUGUGCGGAGGGCAGUAAACAUUUCCAACAGCCACGUCUGCUGCGAUGUCAAACUAUGCAACGAGAAACCAAAAUAUUCGGGAGCAUAUAAAAUGAAUAGUUUAAAAAAUCUGCUCAACAAUGAAAAUGUUCAGCUAAUUGACAGCAAAGAGCUGCAAAAUCGCUUUAAAUCUGCCGGUUCAAGAAUAUCGACACGAAAAUACAAAGUAGACAAGGCCAAAGAGAGAACUAAGACACCAAAUGAAACAAGAAAAAAGACUCCACAAGAGGUUCUGCGUGCGUGCAAUAGACCAAAGUCCCAAGGGAAGGUGAGGCCGCCAAAGAUGCCGUGGCGAGAGAGCAAAAUUGUUAAGCCUGAGAUGGAGCAGUCGUCUAAGCCCAAGGCGAUAAAAUAUAAACAGACUGAUACUCUAUUGCCGAUAAAUGAGGAUGUACGAAAGUUUUAUGAGCGAUAUAAAUGGGUCGAACCUAAGCGAAGGUUGCCAGUCGAAUCAAAGAAAAAUCAACAGAAUAGAAACUGUGAAAAUUGUCUGCAAAAAAAGGUACCCACGUCAGAGUUAAAUAACAAAAAAGAAAUGCCACAAUGGAAAUUGGGUCAGGAGCUAAAGGCAAGAGUGAAAUUAAACGAUUCAAAUAGAAAAAAGUCGGAGAUUUCGCGAAAAAAAUGGAAAAAUGCCUUAAAUAUAAAACUCGAUAAGAUGAACAAGAAGUUACCAGUGGGCAAUACAAAAAGGAAAAGCUCCAGCGAUUCGAAUUCUAAUUCGUCACGAUCUCAGAGCUCUAGCGAUCCGGAUAAGACGCCAAGGCCCAAUUAUUCUAGCGAUCCGGAUAAGACGCCAAGACCUCAAACGGUAAUACUUAAAAGUCCUAGAAAACCGGAUAACAAGCGAAAACCUCUCACGAGUUCUGAGAACAGAGAUCUUAAAGAAACUAUAUUUCAGAAUGACAAGGUGGAGAGUCAAGAACAACAUAAUUCAAAGCAAAUACAGAAAGCGAUAGCACAACUAGAAAAUUUAGGUCUAUUUCUUGAUAAAAUUGAAAAGGACGUCAAUCCAGAAGACGUAUUUAAUGAACAAGCAGAGGUAUUGAAUAGGAAAAAUAUUGGAAUAGUAAAACAGAAAGAAAGAGUAGAGAAGGAGACCAGGACACAAGUCAGGGAUGCCAGUAAGAAAGACUUGAUGGUUAAUAAGAAAAUAGUAAAGGGGACAAAAAAACAAGAGAAGGAUCCUAGAAUAGAAAUCAAAGAGAUAAAACAGAAAUUAUUAAUAGAAGCUAAAAUUAAACAGAAAGAUAAAAUAGAAAAGGCAACCAAAGAAAAAGAAAAGCUUGAACGGAAAGUAUUAAGGCAAAAUGAACAGAAAGUGAAGACAGAAAAGGAAUCCAAAGCACACGAGCUUAUUUCUAGAAGAAAAAUUCUAAAGAAUAACACGAAAGUAUUGGUGGAAAAUAAAUUAAUUGUAAUCGAGCAGAAAGAGAAAAUAAAAAAUCAAAUCAAAGAGCAAGCCAAGGUUUACAGAAGAGCAUUCGCUAAGAUUGGACACCAAGCCGAACAUGAAGCAGCGGAUGCCAAUAAGGAGAACAUAAAGACGGAAGGAAAAGAUUGCGUAGAAAAUAAACCCAAAGAGCACUUGGAAGAUUUGAUAAGGAAAAUCUUAAGUAGUAAACGGGAAAGAAACAGAGAAGUAGAUUUCGAUUUUGAAAACCUUAACUUGGAACAGUUUAAAAGGCUGAUUAUCAAAUUAAAAAAUAUUCACAUAAUGAAAAAACAAAUUUCCAUGGGCGGGAUAAAAACAAAGAGUCUAAAGCGACUGAAAAAGAGGUCCAGAAAAAAGUUAAGUGAAUCUAGAGAAAAAUCCAAAGAGUUCAAUAUACCCAAAGAAUGUUUAUCCGGCAAAUUCGAUAAAACUGAAAAUCUCAAACCAGUUACAUAUAACGUUGCGAAGAAGAAGACAGCUGUCGUAGAGGGUUUAAGACCAAUGAGGCCGCUCUUUUCAAAUAAGGAAAUGAACGCGAGGCGGGCAGCAUUGGCGAGUGAGGUGCCGGAGAAUCUAAGACUGUUUUGUCAGACAUAUAUCGAGCAGACCAUCGAACAUAAACUAGGGACAUUGGCAGAAGCCGACAGCAGUUCCAGUAUAGUCGUAAGAAAUUUACAGAUUGCCAAUGAAGUGCAGUUUGCUAAAAUUCAGCCGUAUCCAAAGUUAGGUAUACGUAGGGAGUACGAUCUGAGGAUAAUAUCAACAGAGCUUGAUUGUGUAUUGUCUUUAGAGGCGCCCAAUUUAAGUUAUGAAAGGUAUUCACUUUGUGACACCAUUCAGAGGUUUUUGUUUUGCCUCUAUUUUGUACUUUUAAUUUUUAUUUUAUUUAUCGUAUUUUUCGAAAUGAAUCCAAUCUAUUGGCGUUGGCUGCUGCGGCGAUUUAAGUACUUUUAUUUUGAUAAAAAAUUAAUUUUGCAAAAAAGGUUAAAUUUAUAAAAUUUAUAAUUAAUAAUUACAUAUGGUUAACUAAUAAA